ACCAGGAAGCCUGUUGAAGGCGAAACUAGUUGAUCGUAGAGACGCCCUGUUUCAUUGUCUGCCGGCAGAAACCCGUGGUUUAUGGGCUCCGUGUGACUUGAAGAUGGCAGCCAUUUUCAUGGCAUCUUUUCUCUUUUGCAUUGCCUUUGGGCAUGUUUUCUCAAUGUGUAUGCUGACUGAAUAUACCAUGUACGUGGAGAGAGAGGAGUGUGCUUAUUGUAUUGCCGUCAACACCACCAUAUGCUCUGGAUACUGCAAGACAGCGGACCCCAACAUGAAGGGAAGACAACCAAAGACCAAUCCGAGUCAAAAUGUCUGCACAUACAGCGAUUAUAUAUACAAGACUGUCUCGGUUCCAGGAUGCCCAAUGCAUGUAAACCCGCUGUAUACCUACCUUGUGGCAUUAAGAUGCAAGUGUGACAAAUGUAACACUAACUAUAUUGACUGUAUACAAGACAGGAUCAUCUCUAAUUACUGUACAAAACCAAGAGAGCCAAAAUACCUGCUCUACAAUUACAUAUAAUAAUACAGAAAUAUCCUUACAGUAUAUCCAGGUCCCCAACUCCCCAAACACCAUUUUAUUAUAUAUAUAUUUUUAUUAGUUGUUUAUUUUCCCAUUUUAAAACAGGAGGCUGGCUAAAUUGUAUUGUUUUCUAUUCUUUUUAAUGCAAAAUGUUUUUAUUAAAUGUUUGUACUGAUCUUGAUAUCCUUUAUUUAUAAUGCGCCAACAUAUUACGCAGCACUGUACACGAGGGCCUACUUCAAGUUUGCACGCUAUGCCGAUAUUCACGCAACUGAGCAAUUAUCAGUAGACUGCGCAUGGGCCUGCGAUCGCAGUGCGCAUGCACCUAGGUGCCUUAGUGAUGCCGCUCACAGUGAGAAUUUAAAUACAGAGUGAUUGGCAGGAAGGGACCAUUUGGGGGAAGUAAUGUGGAGUGGCGGCAAAAACGCAGGCGUGCCGCGGCUGUUUUCUUAGAGCGUGUAUCUGCCUUUGGCAGCUACCGUGUAUGCAGAGAAACAUGGUGGCAGCGUCGCUGUUCCUCAUUACUGUGAUGAUGCUGUGUAUGUGUAGAAAGUGGCUGAGGUUUUUGCGAUGGCUGCAGUGGGCAUCUAUACUCUUUUCUGGUCAGCAGCUUCACUUGCGAUAACUAGCAAGUCCAUAGGCUGAAAAGACACAGCUGUGUAGGCAUGUGUGUACAGACAUGAAUUAGACUCUGAGUGCAAUCAAGAUAGAAAUACAGUAAAUAAUGUUCAAUGAAAUCAAGGGCAGGUUAAGAUGGCUCUGACCAAAUGACCUUCCAGUCUAAGGGAUGUGGGCAGGUCCAUCUUAACGUAUGGGCUCACUGGGCAUCUGCGCAGAGCCCCACGAUUCUAGGGGCCUUCAAGAGGGGACAGACUGUGCUGGUGCUUCUGGAGCUUCUUGGGAGGCAGGUAUAGUACCUGCCUCUCAGCCUGCAGCCAGACAGCGAAUAGCUGUCAGCAUGCUGAUUGGUGGAUGGCUGGAGCUAUCCACCAAUCAGAGUGUAGAAUUCUCUAUCUGCCUCCCAGCCUGCAGACAGACAGUGAACCGCUGUCAGCAUGCUGAUUAGUGGAUGUUUUGAGUUAUCCACCAAUCAGAGUGUUGUGGGUCAGUCAUUGUAUGGAGGCAUGUGGAGAGAUGGAGAGGAACUACAAGAGGGGUAAUUCAUUAUUAUUUUUAUUUAUUCCCAUGAAUGGGUGAGUAGGGGCCCCAGUGCACUUCUUUGCCCAGGGCCUACAAUGCUUUUAAGAAUGCCCUGGAUGUGGGGAACAAUUAAUACAUAAAGCAUUACAUACCGUACAAGUGCCUAAACUACAAGCAACCACUUAUAUUAUUCACAUUCUAUCACAUGAUUAUUUAGUAUUAUAUCACCUGGUACUGCAAAGGAAACAUCCUCCUGUAUCCUUCAUUUUUCCUUUCAAGUAUGUACGUCCUUGGAGGGACUGUUCUUUGUUAGCUUAUGGUUAGAGUUAACCUAAAUGAUUGUCAAUAUACUGCUUUUAGAUAUAAGCUUUGGGUAUACUGUUACAUUUUACAUCUAUAUAAAUCAGGAAACUCAUACACAAAUUUAUACAACUUACAUGUAUGAUAAAUUAAAUCAGUAUGAUUAUCAAAUGUCCUGUUUAUCUAUUUGUAUAUCAAAAGAGUAAAUCAUGACAUAAUGAUACAUAAAAGCUUUCAGUUUGCAUAUUAGAUUCCAUGGAUGCUCAACAGUUAUAUAUGAUUACUGUCUCCAUGCAUUGUUUAAUUACUAUUACUAGCAUAAAAUUGUCUAUAUUAUUCAAUGAUGUUUAAAAGGUUAGUACCUCUUUUAAGUAAUUAUUUGCCUUUCAAAAGGGGAAAACCUCUGGAAACAUACAAUUACAAAAGGAAAUUAUUAGAAGAAAAAUGACUGCAGCCAUGAUUACAUUUGGGGCCAAAUGUAAUAGAGUGAGAGUU